AUGCACACACUCAAAGCAGUAGCGUCAUCGACUCUGUCGCUGCCGGCAGAUAAUUACAUCUACUCGAUCGUCCCAUCUGCGCCGGGGACCUUCGCCGCCAUCUCGUCAGAUGACUCGCUGCGGGUGUUUGACGCCGUCGAUCUCGAUCGCGGAUCUGUGGUCUCGGACGCUGCUCACAAUGGUGUCACCGCCCUACGGAGCUUCGCUAUGGGCGAGUCACACCUCCUGGCUACGGGUGGCCGUGAUGGAAAGGUGAAGGUUUGGGAUGUUCGGACUGGGAAUGGAAGUCCGGUUGUGGAGAUGGAAACGACGAAAAAGUCGCCUGUUCUGUCGGUGGCUUGUAACCCAGAGACAAACACUAUUGUUGCGGGGACGGAGCUGGUCUCUUCACAGGCGGUUGUUGCAUUCUGGGAUAUCCGAUCCCCCCAGGAAUUCCGCCUUCAAUACGUGGAGAGUCACAACGACGAUAUCACCGAGACUAACCAUUACAUCGGCGCCUUGCCUGUUACCGGUACACAGCUCCAAUAUCACCCGACGCGCAGUAACAUCUUACUCUCCGGCAGCACGGACGGACUAGUGAACAUAUACGAUACGACCGUAACAGAUGAAGAUGAGGCCCUGGUACAAGUGAUCAACCACGGCUCCGUACAUCAUGCCGGGUUCCUCUCGGAGCGCACCAUCUUCGCCCUCAGUCAUGACGAGCACUUCUCCGUGUACCCGGCCACAGACCCAGACGAUGCCUCGCAGGAGCCCGAGCCCGUGCACUUUGGUGACGUGCGUGAUCCGCUAGGCUGCGAGUAUGUUGCGCAGCUGUGUGUUGGUGCACAGGGGCCGUAUAUCGCCGCUGGCAAUAAGAUUGACAACCGUCUCGAUCUUGUCCCACUCAUUUCCAGUCCGUCGUGGAAGCUAGACCGGGAUAAUCUGUGGCGCUUGCCCCGUGCUCAUUGCGAGGAGGUUGUGCGCUCGGUGUAUUUGGAUGAACAGAGUCAAUCAGUCUUCACCUGCGGUGAAGAUGGCUUCGUACGAGCAUGGAGACCUACUGAAGGAAGUGAUGCUCCAGUCCAGUCCGGGUCUGCAAAGGCUCGGCCGAAGGAGAAGAAGAAGGAUAGGUUCAAGCCGUAUUAG